GAUGUCAUCAACAGCUACAACCACAUUGGGUGGCAUGGUGGUGGUCACCCAGGUGUACCCAUCUCAUCGUCCCCAGGAAGGUCAGCAGGUGUGUCUGGGGUCACAGAGGUUCAUCCAUGGACAUCCUCUGGCUAUCGGGAUGGUUCAGAUCCUAAUCGGCGUUUUUGUCUUCUUGUCUGGUAUCCCCAUGGUGAUUCGUGCAGAAACCAUAGGAGUGUACAGUGGUUUCUUUGUGUGGGGUGCCGGCUUUUACAUCACCUCCGGCUCACUCACAGUGGCUGCUGGGAAAUCUCUCAGUCGCCGUCUGGUCAACACUGCGUUGGGUUUCAACGUGGUUUCCUCAGUAGCAUCAUUCACCGCCAUCAUCCUGUACAGUUUUGAUGUUGCAGGAGUGAUUACUUACUGCUGGGAUGACAACUGUGGACCAUUCAUGGCACUGAGUCAGGGUUUCUCAGGGAUCCUGUUGGUGUUCCACGUCUUGGAGUUUGCAGUUUCCCUCACCGUCUCUGUAUUUGCCUGUAGAGCUACCUGUAACUGCUGUGACAACCAGCCGUCUGUCUACGUCAUCCCUGGAAAUGCUGCCAUGGCUGCCCAGGCUCCACCACCUUUACAUACUGUACCUGUUACUAUGGCUGUACCAGCCCAACAGAUUUCCAGCUUCCCAAAACCCACAGAGAACCAGAACCAGAUCCACCCUGGACUCGCUGAACCUCCGGCCUACACACGCUGAAGAAAACACCUGCUAUAAAGGGAUAUUUCAGGAUUUCUGAAGUUGGGUGGUUAGACGUGCUUGGCCCUAGUACUGGCAUUAGUCUCCAGUGAUUUCUGCUAAGAAAAUAUGUUGGCUCCAUAUGUUUACCUCUGGGUCAGACCUCACAGCAGGAGGAGCAAAGCUCCAGAGGUCAAUGGUCGCUCUCUUGGGAGGGGGUGUUCAGGGCUGGUCAGAAUGAGUUUCAAUAGUGAUAACAGUGGGGUUUGUUGGUGCCUCUGAGUUCAGUCCUUGUUUGGAGUUGACUGAAGGGCAUCAGGAAACUGUGCUUCAUGGCUUGGGCUUUGCAAUGGACUUGCCUGUAAAUGUAUGGAGUUUACUCAGUAAUAUGUACUCAUCUCUGCCACAAAUACGAGCUACAUGGUCAUUUACCCUCGAUAUAAACCACUAGAGUAGGUCUGCAUUUCAAACGUUUGUACUGAAAUUAGACAUAAAUAAUAAAACAAAAGUUAAAAGCAUGAGCGUUUGGCUGUGCAUUUGUUUUCAUAUUUUCUAUCAGUACAUAGUGCUUACCUGAAGUGUAGGUACAGCGGAGCUCUUCAACCUAUGCGUGUGUUUUGGUCGUGCUUGUAAAAAGUCCUGCUAAUGGGCACUCCAAACGGUAAAACUUUUUCAGAGCAGCAGGUGGGGUGUUUAUAUCCAUAGUCAGUGCAACAAGCCAAAGUUGUCGAAGACCGAUGUCACGUGGAGGAAUACGGUGAAAUCAGUGUGGUGUCCAGGAGGUGUGCUUGUUAGAACAGCCAGGAUAAACACAAGUACGCGGCAUCUUCUGAAUUUUCAGAAAACGGGAUAAAAAACUCAAAAACGUGCUGUAGUAACCGAUGUUUGACCCUGCUACACUGCGACCCACACAGCUGACCAGCAGAUAACAGUGAGCGACGGCGGAAAGAUACAAACUGGCAAAAGCUGCACUGGAAAUUAUUUCCUGGCAGAGAGAGGAUUUUUGGGAGAAAUGAAAUGCUUUGUACGUUUUCGACACAGCGUACAGGCAAGCCAACAUAUUUUCUUUUCCCAUUUUUACGUAACACUGGUUAAUUUACGCAGACAAAUGUUUCCAUCUACAGCCUCUUACGCCGGCUCUCUCUGAGCUCGUAAUAACAACAGGAUCAAAUGACACAGAAAUCACUGGAGGAUACUAUAACCAAGCACCUCAGACCACCCAACUUCAAAACUCACAAAAUAUCCCUUUAAAAAGAAUCACAUGAUAACAACAUGGGAUUAACAUGAGAGAAACAUGAUAUUAAUGAUAGUGACAGAAGAUUAACAUGAGAUUUACAUGUAAAUAACAAGAGAUUACCAUGAGAAAAACAAUAUCAUGACAGUCACAGGAUAUUAAUAUCAACAUGACAUGAACACUCAGAGUGAAAUUCAAAUAUUUCUUUUCAAACAUUGAUGAGAUGAAUUAAAAAGGACAGAUUAAAAAUCACAACAUUAAUAUAAAAUAUUUUACACUCCAUCACUGAUGAAGAUGAACCCUAAAGAACAGAUAAUAAUAAUGAGGUGUGUUUACUUUAAUAGAGGCUGUACAGAGACUAAAAACACUAAAUCACAGAUUUAUAAUUUUUUUUUAUCUUAUAUGAUAAACAUGAUUUCAUCACUGAGCUUGUUGUGAUAAAAGUGUUUCUGUAUGAAAAAUAAAAAUGUUCUUUGCUAAAAUCAUCAUUUUCUUCACAGAACAGAACAUUGAGAUAAAGAUAUCAGUGAAACUUCAGACAGAAAAAUGUGAAAAUUGACCAAAAUAUUCCAAACUACAGUUUAUGUCUAAUGAAUCUGUAGGUUUUUUACAGAUGACGCCACUCAGCAGAACAGAACUCUUGAUGGGGGGCAGGAGGUGAUUUCUGCAUAGACUCUACCAAAAGGCCACGUUAGAGCUGUGUGACUAUGACAAGAGUUCAAAGUCAGAAAAUAAAAACAUCUUUAUUUGUUCAACUACUUUUGUGUCCUGAAAAUUGAAAAGAUAUUCUGGAAAAAUAAAGAAAUAGAAACUCACAGAGAAACAGCAGCAGGAUGGGAUUUAGUGGGGUUCCUCCGCUCUAAAAGUCUGAGGGCUUUGUGGAACUCAGCAGCAGUGAUUCAUCUAAAACUUAAGAACUGAGGAGCAGUUACCUGAUGUUCAGGACAAACACAAGUUUUUCUUUCCAUGUUUGACUCUGUCAAACAGAGACCCAGAUGCAAUAAAGAGCUUGUUAGAUAAAUCAACAUUGUCACUGAUGUUGUGAUUAUCAUUAUCAUCACAGAGGAUGCUUGUUGUCUUUCUUGCAUUAUUUCCACACUCUAAAAAAUAAUUCAGGGGCUGAGGUGAUGUAACAGUUAUCCUGAGGUAUUCUUACUUAAUAAAAUCAAAGGACAUCAUUAUUCUGAGUAUUUGGGUUAGACACAUUUGCACCACGAGUGAGGACACUAACUCAGGGAGAUCAGGAAAGCAUACAAUUGUGAUGAUAAAAAUGUACUUCUUUUCUAUGACAUUUGUGGUUAAAAAAACAUAC